UGUGAUAAUGUCCUUCCCUGAUGACUGUCGUGUUUUGUCCAUCCAGAGCUCAGUCGUCUCUGGAUAUGUUGGCAACAAGAGUGCCACUUUCCCCCUCCAGAUCCUGGGAUUUGACGUGAGCACCGUGAAUUCUGUUCAGUUCUCCAACCAUACUGGUUAUAAAGUGUUUAAAGGCCAAGUUUUGAAUGCUGAUGAUAUGUCCUGCUUAUACGAAGGACUCAAACUCAACAAGAUCCAUCACUUCACACAUCUACUCACAGGUUACAUAGGGUCCAAAUCAUUCUUGGAGAAAGUUGGAGAAAUUGUUAAAGAUUUACGGAAACAGAAUCCUAACCUUACCUAUGUGUGUGAUCCAGUGAUGGGAGAUAAUGGUAAAAUGUAUGUGCCCCAAGAACUACUAGAGGUAUACCAGAAAGUCAUGAUUCCAAUUGCCGAUAUCAUCACACCAAACCAGUUUGAAGCUGAGUUGUUGACAGAGAUGAAAAUUGGAACGGAGAGCGAUGCCUGGAAAGCCAUGCAGAUUCUUCAUGAUAUGGGACCAAAGACAGUUGUUAUCAGCAGCAGUGACCUGGGGUCGGAGGGCACCAUUGUGGCACUAGCCAGCUCCAUAAAGAAUGGCUGUAAGGAACAGUACAGGAUCAACAUGCCCUACAUCCCUCAGGUAUUUGUAGGUACGGGGGAUUUGUUUGCUGCCUGCCUCCUUGCCUGGAUACAGAAAGACAAAAAUCUCAAGGUUGCGUUGGAGAAGACUGUGUCAAUUGUCCAAGCAGUAAUACAGAGGACUGUUGGUCAUGCACUUAGUCUCGCCGGUACAGGAAACAAACCCACCCCAGAACAGAUGGAGCUGAGGCUGAUACAGAGCAAGGCAGAUAUUGAGGACCCAAAGAUCUUAUUUGAUGCUGUACCAGUUUGACCCGUGUAGAAGCCUAGUUUUAAUUGUUAUAUAUCAUAUAUCAAUGUUAUAGAGUUAGGAAGAGUGCAGUGGGGAAAGCUUUAUAAUUUUAGGAUUUGGAAUAUGUGAAAAGUGAGAGAUAGUUGACUUGAGGAUGGUUGUUUUUAAAUGCGAGAGCUGAUAGACAAUUAACUUGGGGAUGAUUUCUUUUUUCUCGCACCUCAUACAUUGAUAUCCCACCUCAUACAGGGAUAUCCCAUGUAAUACCCAUCUUAGAUUUUUCUAUCUCACCCAAUCUGUCUAGAACCCUUUAAACGCGUUUUCGCUGAAUUUGUAUAGGUUUCAGUGUAUUUAUUGACGUGUAGGUGUAGGUGGCACCUACCUACAUGCAUUUUAACAAAAACAGAGUUUAUGUCAUUAAAAUUUCAAUGAUAUUCUAUUUAAUUAAUCAUAUUCAAAAUGAAAUAGAAAGUCUUCACUGUAAAAUGUGCAAUAUUUUUUGUAAGUGUGGCCUACAUUGUUUAUGUGUCACUAUCCAAACAUUGUUUAAAAGUGAAGAGGCUUUGUGGGUAGUUUGAGGCUCCCACGGGAUACACCAAACUCUGGUGAAAUAUUGAAUCAUUUUUAGAAUUGUAGGUGCGAGAAAAAAAUCUAUAACCUGUAACUGAGCGCAAUCAGGGUAUCUCAGUCUGGUAACAUAACAGAUCCAAACCGAGGCAUUAUCCGAGGUUAAGAUUUUACAGGAUCUUGGCCCUCCACUGAGAUACCCCGAUCUUGCUCAGUUACAGGUAACAGAUCUUAUCAAUCUCUGUCUUGUAUUGCAUUCCAAGAAAUUAUUAUGAGUCACUAAUAUUUACUAUCACUUGUGCUAUGGUUUAUUUACAAGGACAUAAGCAACCUACCUUGACAACUAUGUCAUGAACAACAGGCAUUUAGUAAUUCAGAAAUGAAUGCUGUCACAUUUCUACCAUUGUAUUAUCAGAGAUGCUUCUCAUAUUUGGUUCAGGUGUUUUUAGUUUGUGAGGAAUAAGGCAGCCACAUCUAUCAAAUAUAAACAACAAAUACAAUGAAGUUGAACUGUCUCUAUACGAACACUUGUUAUGUUGAAUGCCUAGAUACACUGUGAAUUAAGACAUCCAUUUGUUGGUUGAAUCAGUAUAAGCCAAAAGGAGCUUGAGCAGUUGAAAAUUGGAAAUAAUAAUGAACAUGUUGGUAAAUGAAGAUAUUGAAACAUCUUAUGAUGGCUGUAAGAGGAUAGGUUAUUAAGGGUUUGACAUUCUGGUGACGGUACAUAUAAAGCCAGAUUCAGCUACAUGACCCUGUGUGUUCUGUCUAUACAAUGUAUUGAGGGUCUAUAGACAUAAAAGGCAUAGUGAUGUUAUUAAUUAUUGCAUCUCUUAUAACUGUAUGGCAACAUUUACUAAAUCAUUUCUCGUUAGUAUUCUAAUUUAUGUUCCAAAUUACAUAUUUCAAUUGAAAAAGUUUCACAGGUUUAUACCAAUGUAACUUACACAGGUGUAAAUGGUUGGGCAUCACAAAGUGUAAUGUACACAGGUGUAAAUGGUUGGGCAUCACACCAGUGUAAUGUACACAGGUGUAAAUGGUAAGGCAUCACACUAGUGUAUUACACAGGUGUAAAUGGUUAGGCAUCACACCAGUUUACUACACAGGUGUAAAUGGUUAGGCAUCACACCAGUGUAAUGUACACAGGUGUAAAUGGUUAGGCAUCACACCAGUGUAAUGUACACAGGUGUAAAUGGUUGGGCAUCACACAGUGUAAUGUACACAGGUGUAAAUGGUUAGGCAUCACACCAGUGUAAUGUACACAGGUGUAAAUGGUUAGGCAUCACACCAGUGUAAUGUAGACAAGUGAAACUUGUUUGGCCUCACACCAGUGUAAUGGUUUGGCCUCACACCAGUGUAAUGGUUUGGCCUCACACCAGUGUAAUGGUUUGGCCUCACACCAGUGUAAUGGUUUGGCCUCACACCAGUGUAAUGGUUUGGCCUCACACCAGUGUAAUGGUUUGGCCGCACACCAGUGUAAUGGUUUGGCCUCACACCAGUGUAAUGGUUUGGCCUCACACCAGUGUAAUGUUUUGGCCUCACCACUUUGUUCAGCUCUAUACAACUAUGUGUAUUAUUUAUUGUUAUACUUUGGAAACAUGUAUUUAUAUUUACAGAUUCUUAUUUUUUAUAAUUACAGGUUUUUUUUUUACAUCCAUGUCAAAAGCAUUUUACAAUUCUUUAUUAUAAAGAACAAUGUCAUAAGCAGAAUAGUGUAUUAUGUGUUGGCUAAUUUUCAGUCGGUAUCAUCUAUCCAUUCUUUUUCAACUCAAAACGGGUAAUGCAUUCUUCCUUUUAUUUAUGAUGAUGAAACUUUAGAGUCACUUCAUUUAUGACAUAAGCAUCAGACGAGUCACUUCAUAUAUGACAGUAUGACAUAAGCAUCAGACGAGUCACUUCAUAUAUGACAUAAGCAUCAGAAAACGAGUCACUUCAUAUAUGACAUAAGCAUCAGACGAGUCACUUCAUAUAUGACAUAAACAUCAGGAAACAAUCCUUCUGUUGAAUGAAGUUUUGUGUCAGUAGCUUCUUUAAAGUCGCUUUUAAAGACCAGGUCAGGGGAUCAUGUCUUGUCUUAAACUAGAGUUUUUGUUUAGUAAAUCACAUAUGAUGUCUCUUUUUAUGACAUCAGUUCUACUAGGUAAGUCAACACUUCAAAAAACAGUUUUAGACAAUCUUAGACAUAAGGCUGUUACGUGCUCCUUGGACCUGGUGCGUAAUUAUGGUACCAUAAUCAAACAAAGGAGCACAUAUAGAUUUUAGAAAUACGGGACUACUACAACACUAUAGACUUAUCAUUAAUAUAAUGUGACAAGAAUAGUAGAUUUUAGAAAUAACAGGACUACUACAACACUAUAGACUUAUCAUUAAUAUAAUGUGACAAGAAUAGUAGAUUUUAGAAAUAACAGGACUACUACAACACUAUAGACUUAUCAUUAAUAUAAUGUGACAAGAAUAGUAGAUUUUAGAAAUAACAGGACUUCU